AUGGAAAGGAAUCCAGUGAUUCUGGCAAAUGGAACAAUGUUUUUCAUACAACCAAAUGGUGCCAACACAGUUCAGGCAGGCCAGGUAAUCCCUGGCAUGGUACAAGCUGUUCAAUAUGGAGGUCAGCAGCCUGGGAACCCCAGCAACUAUCCUCAACAGAACCGUCAAGUUUCAGAAAUGGAGAAAUUAAUCAUGGCGGAGACCAAAACUCUGGGGGCCAUCCAGAUCAUAAUUGGACUGAUAAUCAUUGGCUUUGGGGCUGUCCCAAUUUACCUUUAUGGAACUACCUAUUUUUCUUUGACCGGCGCUAUGUGUUACCAACUCUGGGCUGGGCUAUUUUUUAUUGCUUCUGGAUCCCUGUCUGUGACUGCUGAGAAGUCCUUGAAAGAUAUUGUGGUGAGAUAUACGUAUAAAUGCAUAUAA